GUUCACGCUUAGAUACCUCAUCACCAAGACUGGCUGAUUUGUAAUUAGCACUGAGCUGGGGCGACAUUCCCGGAUUCAAUGUUCACUUGAGCAAAUCCUCUAGAAAUAUGCCUCGCGAAAACUUGACCAUAUCUCCAGAUCUGACCAGUCUUGCAGCACAAGAAGGAUUGGAAAUAGGUAUCACGCCGUCCAUGAACUUGUACCCUUGCUUUUAUCGCAAAAAGUUGCCAUGACCCCGGUCCACAGCACCACCUGCAUGACGUCUGUAGACUACUGCGGUGGUGCAAGAUUAGCGCGCACAGGGAUUCGUCGUGUCUUUGACCCAGUCAGCUCGUAAGCUGCCGAAGUCAUCAGGACAAGCAGGCUCCAAACGGGGCUGCGGUCUUGAUGGGAGCCCGUGCAAUGUCUUCAUGUUAGAACGAGAACGCAUUUGGUAGAGAUGCGUCUUAGGUAGUAACACAAAUGUUUCACGACGGCCCAGACAGGCAUCGAAAAACUGCUGAAAUGGGCGAUAAAGGCUGCGGGACAUGCAGAGUCCGCAAGGUCCUGUGUGAUCGCACUACCCCGAGUUGCCUGCGAUGCUCUCGUUCCGGCCGGAAUUGUGAGGGCUACGGCCUGCGGCUUUCCUGGCCGCGAGCCAACAAUCGAAGGCGUGCUCUCAUUGGUACGGGGCCUACCGGGAGGGCUCGGACUGGUGUCCUCCACAAUGAUGGUUGGGUUAACGCAUCUUCCCGGGACAUUGAGUUGCACUAUUCACUUUCAAGUCGAGGACCACGACUCAACGUUCAGCGCUUGGUAUUGCACGCACCAGUAGCCUGGAAUCCUUCCCGAUUAGCUGACAAUGAGGGAUUCUUACUUCAGUAUUUCCAGCACACCGCAUCUCAAUCUCUUGCAACAAUCGGUCAGGACCCUACCGAGCUAGGCCAGACACUCCUUCGUAUGAGCCUGUUGAGUAACACCCCAUCUUCCUCGGCAGUAUUGCAUGCCAUGCUAGCAUUCUCAUCUGUCCACCGCCACGGAAUGCAGUCACAAGCAGGCGAGCUAAAGAUCUCAGCUCUGAGAGCUUUAGCAGCAGCCACAAAGUAUGAGAUUGGGGCUAGGGAGGCCAUUCAGCAUGUAGCCACUGGCAUGCUGCUGUGCUCGUUUGAGAUUCACGAGAAUACAUGCACUUCAGGCCAGUGGGUAUGCUAUCUCAAGGGCAUUAAAGAUAUCAUGAAAGCGGCUUCUAUAAGCGAUCAUCCUGAUGACGAAGAUUUUAUCACAUUACUCGAUUGGGUUCACUACCAUGAAGUACUCGCAAAUUUCAGCCUUCCGCUCUGGCAUGGCCAGGACCGCAAAUGUGAUUCAACUCCAAGAGGUGUCUCUAAACAGGUUCUGCACACAGCACCAGUUGCCAUAUUUGCCCUACUCGAGCUCUUAUCAGAAGUGUGCCAGGCGGUGCCUAUCCGCCAAAACAUCGACUCAGCCGAGCACCUGGAAGACUAUCAAAAUUACCUGAAUAUACUGGAGUGGAAAAUCGCGAGUGUAAAGUGUACAAGCGUAGAUAACGACUCUCCGGCCUCGUCAUCGAUGGCCGAACUUUUCCAACUCUCCCUGCUUGUGUACUUACACCGCGCGACCAGGGAUGUGAAAGAGCAACCACUCAGAACGGAACGGCGAAUCGAAAGGGCAUUCACUAUUCUAUCUCAGCUCGAUUCUUGCCAACGUCAGUUCCCCUUAUUUGUGUUCGGCUGCGAAGCGCGGACAGAUUCCCAAAGAAUGACCAUUUUGAACUUAAUAUCUCGAACGGAGAAGAAUCUAACAUCUCGACCAAUCUCAUAUGUCAAACUCCUAAUACAAGCUCUAUGGACUCAAGAUGAUCUCUCAGAUGUUUCAAUUGACUAUACGGAGAAACUGAGUUCUGUCAUCAGUUGUUGCGCAGUCUUGCCUACAUUUGUCUAGAGCAUGUGUUUUGGGUUGUUAGCAGAUGGUUGCGGACGAGCUUACUUGUAUGAGACACAAUAAUUGAGGUACAACGGGCCGAUAUGAUUGAUUCACGUCAUGAUUGGAUAGGGAGGCUAUUGUAGAUGACAAACAAGUAAUGUGACAUUGUAUAGAUGUGCGAUACAAUGUAUCGUUAGUUCAAAUGAGCCGCGACCUGUUGCGGGGUGAAUUGUUAC